CUCUCCCCGCUACGCAACGAGGCCCGGUAUCUCUCCUCCACCACAACCAGCUGCUUACCCUCUCACGCCCUUUCGUUUUUUUUGUCAUUUGCUUUUUUGGAUGGGGAAGGAUGUGGAGGCCGCUGCGGAAGGGGGUGAGUUCACCGCGAAGGACUACACGGACCCGCCGCCCGCGGCGCUGAUCGAUGCGGAGGAGAUGAUCAAGUGGUCCCUCUACCGGGCGGUGAUCGCUGAGUUCAUCGCGACGCUGCUGUUCCUCUACAUCACCGUGGCGACGGUGAUCGGGUACAAGCACCAGUCGGACCCCAACGUGGGUGGCGCCGACGCGGCCUGCAGCGGUGUUGGGAUCCUGGGCAUAGCCUGGGCUUUCGGAGGGAUGAUCUUCAUCCUCGUCUACUGCACCGCCGGCAUCUCCGGCGGUCACAUAAACCCGGCGGUGACGUUCGGGCUGUUCCUGGCUCGCAAGGUCUCCCUGGUCCGAGCCCUCCUCUACAUGAUCGCCCAGUGCCUGGGAGCCAUCUGCGGCGUGGGCCUCGUCAAGGGCUUCCAGAGGGCCUACUACGACCGCUACGGCGGCGGCGCCAACGAGCUCAGCUCCGGCUACUCCAAGGGGACGGGAUUAGCCGCCGAGAUCAUUGGCACCUUCGUCCUCGUCUACACCGUCUUCUCCGCCACCGACCCCAAGCGCAACGCCCGCGACUCCCACGUCCCGGUGUUGGCUCCUCUCCCGAUAGGAUUUGCAGUCUUCAUGGUCCACUUAGCCACAAUUCCUAUCACUGGGACCGGUAUUAACCCUGCGAGGAGCUUAGGAGCUGCUGUGAUCUACAACAACGAAAAGGCCUGGGAUGAUCAGUGGAUCUUCUGGGUGGGGCCUUUCAUCGGUGCCGCAAUUGCUGCAGCUUAUCACCAAUAUGUCCUCAGAGCUAGUGCUGGCAAGGCUUUGGGAUCCUUCCGUAGCGGCUGAUCACAUUCAUCCAACCUUCUUCUUUUCCAAUUGAAAAGCAGUGGUGAAGCUUGAAAUUGUUAAUAAGAUCCUUUUGUGGCGUGGGGUGUCCAACUGUACUCAAUUGUUCAGCACCACUGGUUGCUUUUUUUUUUUUUCCUUCUUUUUUCUACCGACUUGUACGAGUGCGCCCGUGUGUCAUCUUUCCUUGUAUUUCCCGCUGGCCUCUUCCCUUUCUCUCUUUGCAUCUGUAAUUACCACGCAAGCCUAUGAAGUUUCUAUCCUUUGUCA